AGUGUGGACAUUUCCUUUUGACAUUUCCAGCUGUCAGCUUUUGACAGUUUUGUGGUUACGAUUUUCCAUUGGAACUAUAUCUGUUGAAGAAAUUCGCGACUCUGUAAAUUGAACUUUUGUGAUCGAAAGCCAAUUACAUAAUACCUCAAUCAAAAUGUCGCAGGCUCCAGUACGUGUAUCGCCUUUAAUAAAAUUCGGCCGCUGGUCGUUGCUAUUGGUUGGUGUUGGUUAUGGAGCUUUCCAUCAGAACAGAUUAUCCAAGAAGGAAGAGAAGGUUCGUGCGAUCGAAGCCCAGCAAAAGGCAGUGCGUGAUGCCAAAUUGGCUGAAGAGAAAAAGCGUGCGGCAGCAGCCGAGGCUCGCGCAUUGGAGGAAUUGUCCAAACCAACUCCAAAGCAUUAAGUUAUUCUUUCCAGUAGGAUUUAUAUUUUAGAUUGUAUCCACCGCAAACGAAAACCUGCGAUGUAAAUAAAAACGAAGACUCGUAUAACAUCAAUUAAUUGUUAAUUUUUCUAAUAUGAAAAUAUGUGACAUUUAUCACUAUAAAUUAUCGUUAAAUAAUACGCAUUUGUUUAACAUAAAGUUCGUUAAAGUGAUUAAUUAUAAAAUACAUUGAACUUGUAUAGAAGUGCCAUGGAUGUUUGAUAGGUAAAUGUGUGAAAUAUAAGUUCUUCAUCAGAAUCAAAGCACUAUA